GUGGUGAUCGUGUCAGAUGUACAGAAAGUGAAGUGGAACAAAAAUGUGCUCAGUGAAGAAAUUUAUUUUAUGCAUUGUGCUCAUGUGCAUUAGUCUAGGAGAAACCAUAAUGAUCGUGGGGCCAAACUCGAUUCGACCGAAUCGUGAUUACACGCUUGUGGUCAGUAAUGUGUUUGGUGAGAAUAGAAGCGAUUGUUUGGUAAGCGUACGUCUGGAAGGAACAGGUUCUGAUGGUAGUUCGCUGAUAAAUCUGACAAAAAUGGAGACCGUGAAGCCAGAUAUCAACCAGCGGAUAACGUUCAGGGUACCAAGCAAUAUAACCGACGGUAAUUACUCUCUAACAGUCGAAGGAAGACACCCUUCUUCCAGUGCUACCGUUAACAUUCAUCAGGAAGCUAAGCUUUCCUAUUAUAACUCUUCUGUAUCAGGAUUGAUACAACUGAACAAGCCUAUCUUCAUACAAGACGAUGUUCUAAAGUUUCGUGUGAUCGUGGUCGACACCGAUCUUAAGCCUCCUCUGUCACGUGAAACAAAGGUGUCUGUCCACGUGUAUGGACCGAAUGGUGAGGUGUUCCGACAAUGGCCCAAUGUCACUCUGAAAAGCGGAGUAUUCGCAAACGAAACAGCAAUCCCUACGAUACCGGUAUCGGGAACGUACAAUAUCAGUGUCACAGCGAACGGGUUUUCCUUUUCGAAACUGUUCGACGUGAGGGACUAUGCGCUGUACUCGAUCGAUUUGUAUAUCACUCCGACAGUUCCGCCACUUGCAGAGCAUCAUGCGCUCAAUCUUACUGUACAGGCUAGAAAAUACAUGGGAAAACCAGUCAGCGGUUCAGUGAGGAUCGAUCUCUAUCUCUCUUUCGACGAUAAAAAGCCCGAUACUUUCGGGCAAUGGGAUGUCUAUGGAGAUCGGGAUGUCUAUCUUCCUUUUAAAGAAAAAAUUGUUAGAAACGUUUCCACUUACGACGUGCUGCUGAAAGUCACCUUUACCGAGCACUACACAAAUCGCACAACUCUCAAAGACCAAAGGAUAACGGUGUACAAUUACAAAUACAAAGUGACGCACGAUUCAAGACUCACGUACCGUCCGGGAUCACCAUUUAAUGUGUCGCUGAAGGUGACCCAUCUUAACGGUGAACCAGCAAGUAACGCUAUCCUGCUUGUUGAAAUCGGUGGUGCGGGAGGAUUUUCCGAACGAAACUUCACAACUAAUACGACCGGCUACAUUACAUUCCAAAUAAAAACCAUCGAAACAACGAAACUUACCUUCUUACGAGUAUCGGAAGGCAAUCAUCUGAAGCUAAAUGAUACGAUCUAUCAGCUAGAAAGUGCUUCCGAUAUGUACAUCGAAGUAAAGCUUCUAACACGCGUCAAAUUUAACAGAAUGUUAAGGACAAUGAUCUCCUGUUCGCAUGGCAUGACUAAUCUUCUGUACUACGUAAUUUCCAAAGGAAACAUCGUUGACACUGGUUUCCACAGACUGAACCAUAUGAAUAGAUACUCUUUUCAAGUGAUGGUAUCCGCACGGCUUAUCCCUCGGUCAAGAAUCGUUGUUGCCACCACUGUGAACAACAAGACGAUGCUGGGUGCGGUUGAUAUAUUCAUCAACGAACUUGGAAAUCCGCUCGAGGUCAACAUCGAAGAGAACAUUAGUGAAGAUGGUGUUGAUCCUGGGGAUGAAAUUGAAUUAGCUAUUCGAGGUCGUUCUGGAGCGUUCGUGGCGUUGACAGCAUAUGACUAUCGUUUGCAGCAGUAUAAUAAGGAUCACGAUAUCUUUCUUGAUGAUAUUUGGAAUAUGUUUAAUGCGUUCCAUGAAACGGAUGCUAACGCUGCUGGUAUCAUAUUGAAUGCAGGGCUGUUUGCACGCAUUUCUGAUGAAUCAAUCGUAAUAUCUGAGCGCCAUGAGUAUGAAGCGCGUGGAAUGCAUCCCGAUACGCCGCGCGUUGGCAUGCCCGGACCCUAUAGGACCGAAUUUUGGGAGUCGUGGCUGUGGGAGAACGUGACCAUUCCUGAAUCAGGCAGCAUUGAACUUGUACAGACGGUGCCUCAUUCGACCACCUCCUGGUAUAUAACCGGGUUUUCCAUUGACCCUGAAUAUGGUCUGGGAAUUGUUAAAAAUCCGAUCCAGUUUUCGACCGUGAAAAUUUUCUUCAUUUUGGAUCAUUUGCCAAAAUCCAUCACACGCUACGAGACGGUUUCGUUGCAUUUUACCAUUUUCAGCACACUCAACGAAGAGUUUGAGGCCACCGUGGUGAUGUUUAACACAAAGAAUCAAACGCGGUUUGUCGAUCAGCACGAUCAGGACACGGGAGACGUGACUGCAUCGGAAAAUGUGCUCGUUCCGGCGAAUUCCGAUGCAUCAGUCUCCUUCUCGGUGAAAGCAAUGAAGUUAGGUGAGUUGGAGAUCCGGUUGAAUGCCUCGAUCCUGCAGGGUCUCAUUUCGGAUAGCUUCAAAAAGAUCAUAAAAGUACUUCCGGAAGAUUUGACGGGGCAUGAAGGAUCAAAUCGCACGCACAUCCAACACAGAACUUAUUCAAACACAUCAUAUGGCAUACCACUGGACAUUGACAAGAAAGCAGAGAACGGCUCAGUACAAGUUAACUUAACCGUCAUUCAUGACCCGAAAGCUCCCCCAAAUAUUGCAAACAAUUUCAAUGUGUCACUCCAUUACGGUGAUGUGGAUGAAAGAUUGUAUAUAAAUUCUAGUUUGAAGGAGAACGUCACACUAGAAAUCACAUUCGACCGUGCCAAGCAUUUCGAUGUGAUCGUCAAUGGUGUCGGUUAUGGAUACAUUCAGGUCGAUUGGAAGCACCGUGUAAAUUUGAUGGAUUAUGGUCGCAGUUAUAACCUAACCAUGACCAAGCUGGCGACCGGUACCAAGUUGCUGAAGCAGCUUGAAAUUUGCUGCAGCUUCAUGGCGGAGAAUGGGGAUGGAUAUUCGAAAGAAACGCUGGUGGAAAUGAGCAUACCAAUAGGCUAUGCGAUGGAUAACCACAGUGUUGAGAAUACGACCAAAAAUUUCAUCAGUCGAUUCGACAUACUGCACGAUGGAACCACUCUAAUGGUAUACUACGAAAAUAUCGGUAAGGAGAAGAGUUGUUUUACCGUUUUUGCGUACAGACGGUACAGAAUGCCCGUAAAACGACCAUCGUACGUGAAAGUGCAUGAAAUCGGCCGCCCAGAGUUGAAUGCGAUCCAGAUUUUUAGCUUCUUUUCAGAUGAACCAAAGGUUGCUGCUUAGUUACAAAUAUACUUAAUGUAAU